UUGAGAUUUAAACUGAUUUAUUUGUUUAAUCCUUAUGGAAAAACCUUGGAAUAUUCACCACAAACAAGAUGAUGCUUUUACCGAAGCUGGAGACGAUCCAAACAUUCAUAUAUUUGCAGUCGAACCUGUUAUUUCACUUCAAAACAAUCGCUCAGGAAGAAAAUUCAUUGCUUGCACUUACGAAAAAUUUUGGUGGGAAUAUCGGAAAAUGAUGAAAAAUAAUUGGCCUCGACAUUUUUAUGAAGUAAUACGUGAAAACAAACCGUGCCAUCCUUAUUUUGACCUCGAGUUUUUAAAAGAAAGUAAUACUGAAGUUGAUGCUAAUAAAAUUGUUGAUGAUCUGAUCUGUUUUUCUUGCAACAAAUUGGAGUCUGAUUUUGGAAUUGUAUGUUCAGAAUGGAAUGUAUUACGAUUAGAUUCGAGUACAAGUGAAAAAUUUAGUCAGCAUUUGAUCUUCAGAAUACCAGGUAUUGCAUUCCGAUCUAAUUUUGAUGUCGGCGAUUUUGUUGAAGAAUUGUGUGAAAAUCCUGAAUUUCGACACAGACUAACGAUACAUUCAGGAGGGCAAGAUAAACUCAUUGUGGACAAAGCGGUCUAUACAAAAAAUCGUCACUUCCGAUUGUUUCAGUCUUGCAAAAAAGGGAAAGAAGCUUUGUUACUGAGAUCAGAUCAUUGUAAAUUUGAAUUUGACACUCUCCAUGUUCCACUAUCACAAGAAACGGCACAGUCGAACAAAAUUUUUGGGCCUGAACUAACGCAAUGUGGCAACAAUAAAUCAAUAUUCUAUGCUUCACUUAUAUGCAAUGUUGAUGAUACAGAUAUUAAUCUUAUACCAUUUGAAAUCAAAAAACGAACUCCUAAUGUUCCAAUCUCCAGUGGGCGUGUUCCAUCUUUCACACAUGAUAAUUUUUACUCCGAUUUUGAUUGUCUAGAACUCAAUGAUUAUGUUAAAUCACUUAUUCAAACGAACGAUACUCCUGGUCAUAUUGGUAGUAUAGAAUACGAUGCAGAGGAAAACACAGUAAAAUAUAGCAUUAGGGGGAAUCGGUAUUGUCGAAAUAUCGGAAGGCAACACAAAAGUAACAAUGUUUAUUAUCUGGCAUAUCUUGAUCAAAGAGUUAUCAUUCAGCGUUGUUAUGACAGACAAUCCUGUAGGGAUUUCUUUUCUCUUCCCAUAAGAAUUCCAAAAAAUGUUGUAAGAUGUUUAGAAGAAGGAAUGUAUAUCACCGAUGUUCCAAACGAAGAUCUUCUUGACCAUAUUGAAAACGAGAUAAAACAGGAGAAUAAUGACUCUUGAUACGGUGAAAAAAACUCUUAAAGACAUUUAUUCUGUGCUGAUGAUCAUAAAAUUUUAUAGUACAUAAUGCUUUAUACAAAUCAUUUAAUACUUUUACUGUGAUAGGAAGGUUACAACACUAAUUUAUGUGAUCAACUAAGCCAAGGUUUUAAAAAUGAAGAGAGAAUUUUAUGAAGAAAGCAAAGUAUGUAUGGUAUUGACAGCAAAGGAAUGAUGCUUAGCGUAUUAAUAAAUGGUAUUUGCAUCAUACCAAAUUGAAAGUUGCUUACUUUAAGAAGCGAUUUAUGGAUGAAGUUGAAUUUUUGGAUUUUAUCCCUUUAUAAUUAAUCCUUUGAGUAAAUGGAGUAUUGUAACUUUAGAUAUUUUUUGUUGCGUUGAAGUAAUUGGCUGCUCCCUCUAAACUUUUUGCUGCUACAAUUUUGCCUUGUGUGUUUGCAAUAUUUUUCAUGUUUUUACUUUUUCACAAUUUUCUGCAAAUAGUCCAUUUAUAUUUAUUUUCAAUUUAG